AUGCCAUUAAGAAACCUGACGGGAACACACAACUUUAGUAGCACAAAUCUGGACACGGAAGGUGCAGAUGGAGGUCGCGAUCCUCCUUCUCUUUCUCCGUCACCAUCUUUUGCACAGCUGCAUGACAAGACAGACAACAAUGCUGCUCUUACAAACCCUUUCAUAGGUAGUGACGAAGAAUCUGGUGAACGUGACGGUGAGUCUCUUUCUUCUUCUGUUCACUAUCAGCCACAGGGGAGUGAUUCUUCACUACUCCAUGAUAAUUCACGUCUGGAUAUAAGUCAAAACAAUGGCAUAUCUGAUUACAAAGGUUACUAUUCAAAAAAUAAUAGUAGAGUCGUGAGCACAGCCAACGACAACUCAUUCCUUCAGCCACCACAUAGGACUAUAGCCUCGUCUCCUUCUCUAAACUCUAGUUUCUCUAAGAACGACAUUCUCUCGCCUCCAGAAUUUGAUAGAUAUCCUUUGGUAGGUUCCAGAGUGGCUUCCAUGACCCAACUGAACAACCAAGGCCGUUCCCCGUCGUCAUCUCCAGGCAAUGAAUCAUCCGCAUCAUUCUCUUCUAAUCCAUUUUUAGGUGAACAAGAUUUCUCUCCAUUCGGUGGUUAUCCUGCGUCAUCUUUCCCACUCAUGAUGGAUGAAAAGGAAGAAGAUGAUUACUUGCACAAUCCUGACCCUGAAGAAGAAGCCAGACUAGAUAAAAGAAGGUUCAUUGAUGACUUUAAAUACAUGGAUAAAAGAUCUGCUGGUGGGUUUGCUGGUGUUUUGCUUUUGUUCAUAGCAGCUGUCUUCAUUUUUAUUAUUUUGCCGGCGCUCACUUUCACAGGUGCCAUUAACCACGGGAAAGAUGUCGAAGAAGUUUCAUAUUUAACCCUGUAUCAAUAUCCUCAAUUAUCCGCUAUUAGAACAUCUCUGGUUGACCCAGAUACGCCAGAUACUGCCAAGACAAGAGAAGCUAAAGAUGGCUCCAAAUGGGAACUAGUAUUUUCCGAUGAAUUUAACGCAGAAGGUAGAACAUUCUAUGAUGGAGAUGACGCAUAUUGGACUGCCCCCGAUGUUCACUAUGAUGCCACUAAGGAUUUAGAAUGGUAUAGUCCAGACGCUUCCACUACAGUAAAUGGUACUUUGCAAUUGAGAAUGGAUGCUUUCAAAAAUCAUGGCUUAUAUUACAGAUCAGGUAUGCUACAGAGUUGGAAUAAGGUUUGUUUCACACAAGGUGCUUUGGAAAUCUCUGCCAAUUUACCUAACUAUGGUCGUAUUUCAGGGCUUUGGCCCGGUUUGUGGACCAUGGGUAAUUUGGGUAGACCAGGUUAUCUAGCAAGUACCCAAGGUGUGUGGCCAUAUUCUUAUGAAGCAUGUGAUGCCGGUAUUACUCCAAAUCAAAGUUCUCCUGAUGGUAUUUCUUUUCUGCCGGGACAAAAAUUGAGUGUUUGUACCUGUGAUGACGAAGAUCAUCCAAACCAAGGUGUUGGUAGAGGAGCUCCGGAAAUCGAUGUUUUGGAAGGUGAAACUGACACUAAGCUUGCUGUAGGUGUAGCCUCUCAAUCUUUACAAAUCGCACCUUUUGAUAUAUGGUAUAUGCCAGAUUACGAUUUCAUUGAGGUCUACAAUUUCUCAACAACAACAAUGAAUACGUAUGCUGGUGGUCCCUUCCAACAAGCUGUGUCUGCUGUUUCCACCUUAAAUGUAACUUGGUAUGAAUUUGGCGAAUAUGCCGGUUAUUUCCAAAAGUACGCCAUCGAAUAUUUAAAUGAUGACAAUGACGGUUAUAUCCGUUGGUUUGUUGGUGAUAACCCAACCUUCACCAUUUACGCUACUGCCUUACACCCUACUGGUAAUAUUGAUUGGAGAAGAAUCAGUAAAGAACCAAUGUCAGUGGUGCUGAACUUGGGUAUCUCUAACAAUUGGGCUUAUAUUGACUGGCAAUACAUUUUCUUCCCAGUGGUCAUGUCGAUUGACUAUGUUAGAAUAUAUCAACCCAGUGAUGCCAAGUCCAUCACGUGUGAUCCAGAUGAUUUCCCAACAUAUGAUUAUAUUCAAGCGCACUUAAACGCCUACGAAAAUGCAAACUUGACGACAUGGGAAGCUGCUGGCUACACGUUCCCUAAGAAUGUCCUAACUGGCAGCUGUUCUAGUUCCAAAUUCAAACUAUCUUCGUAA